CAAGCACCGAGCCGAAUGAGCUCCGGUGAGACUUAUUAAAAAUAACAAAGCCGCAGACUGACAAGGGCGACAGACGCUAGCAUUGUCCGGCAAUCAUCCCCUGCAUCCGCUUUAACGAAGCCGAGCUCUCGGAUUGCACGGCUCUUCAGUCCGCUUUCCACACCUCCGCGACAGCAAUGCCGACGAGCGACUUCGCUGCGCUUCUCUGCUCUAUCGUUUUAAUUUGGCCCACGGUAACCAGUUCGCUGGAGCUGAUCGAGGACUUGGAAAGCCGAAUUUCGAGUCUCGAGCGUCGCGUCAGAGCGAUCGAGCAGCCAGUUUGGCAGAUCAGCGGUGCGAGCAACAGCUGGGAUGUGUGCACCCAAGGUCCGUGUAGAUGUAUGCCCGAAACGCGUUCGCUGUCGUGUUGGAGUAUGCGGCUCACCGACUUGCCGGCCACCCAACUUGUACCGAGGGAUGCUCUCAAACUAGAUUUGAGUGAUAAUCAGCUCACGGCUCUGCACAAGGAGGCUUUCGCUGGCUUAAAUCAGUUGAAACAUCUGGACGUGAACGACAAUGCAAUCGAACACCUGCCAAUCAGCCUGUUCUUUUCACUGAACAACAUUACGCACAUGAGGCUGAGUAAGAAUUUUUUGCGAGAGCUUGACAAAAAUCAACUGUUUAGCAUGCGUCAUUUGGAAAUAUUCGAUUUAUCAACAAACAAACUACGCACUUUGCCCGAAGAACUGUUCACUGGCAACACGGCAAUGGUAUUGCUGGACUUGUCGGGAAACCGCAUAUCCGAAUUACCUACAGCGGCAUUCGAAGGGCUGUCUAACCUGGAGGAGCUACUGCUUUCGAAAAAUCAAAUCAAUGAUUUGCCAGCGAAUUGCUUUCUCGGGCUAGGCAACUUGCGAAAAUUAAACCUGGAUGAGAACCAACUUAACGAAUUACCAGUGGAAGUUUUCUCCUCUUUGACCAAGCUCGACGAGUUGAUACUCCGCGAGAACAGUUUGCAGACAGUGCCGAGUCUCCUACUCCAUCCGCUGAAGCAGCUGCGAGUAUUAGACCUCUCCGGCAAUAAGCUCACUCACAUAAGCUCGAUGGCUUUCCGCGGGCUGGAGUGCCUGAAAGAACUCGAGCUUGGACGCAACCAUUUGCGCAAGCUUACCCGCGGUGUCUUCCGACCGCUGGCUAGCCUUGAGCGUCUGAUACUUUACGGCAACGCGUUGCAACAAAUCGAGGCCGCUGACUUCGCCGGUCUGUCCAAUCUCACCACUCUCUUCUUGCACGUCAAUCACCUCAGACAGAUGCACCCGAUUUGCCUGAGAGAUGUGCCGAGGCUGCGCAAGCUGCAAUUGGAGGACAACUACCUGAGCCACCUGCCCAAGAACUUUUUCGAGUUCACGGCUGAGCUGACGCAGCUACAAUUGGCGCGCAAUCCUUGGCACUGCGACUGCGCCUCGCUAUACCUCGCCAGCUGGCUGCGAAAGAGAAAGCAGAAGGACGAGAGCGACGACGCCGCCACGGGCGCGAUGUGCCGUGGUCCUGGGCUACUGGGCGGCAAGCUGCUUUUCCGUCUGAGCUACCGCGAACUCUGCAGCAACGAGUGGGCCUCCACGAAGGGAUUCGUGCCCAGGUUACCACUAGACGCUGCCCUGGACGAGUACUCUCUUCUCGAGGAGGUAACAAUGACCUUCCGACCUUCGCAAAAACUUGGCUUACUAAAGUAGUAUUGUCCGUAGGUUUAGAGAAGAGCCGAGAUAUAGGGAACAUUUAAAGACAAUGCUGAGCUUACAACUUACGACGCUAUUUUGUCUGUUACUGGUGUCUCCGUUUAUUGAACUUGAAAAAACGCAUUAAUUAUGUGCUGCAAAUAUAUCAAAGAUACUCGUGAUUAAAUAUAUUGUUGGAAGUAUUGUUAUGUCAUAUCUGCAUGGAUUACGAAUAAAACCUUACUUUUUAUUGCUUCUCUGCAGAACAUUCGUUUACGUU